CUCGCUCAUUCUCGUUGUCUACAGGCAUCAUGUUCAGCGAACUCCUGUAUAACGCAGGUUAGUUAUGAACUUGCUACUUUAUUUAAAUUGGCUUCAAAUGAUUUUCGACCUUUCAACUCCAGUGUUGAGUAAACCUUUUAUAAUUGUGCAAAGACUAUCAACAUAUUUUUUUGCAAGAUUAUUAUUAGAAAAUUGGAAAAUCUCUCUUUGCAAGGGAAUAUCAUCAGUUGUUCUUCACUUUAAGUCAUAGGCGUAAGCGAUGAUGAGACACGUUUUAACAAAUCAUUCGUCUUCAUUUGUCUUCCCCGAAAAGAGAGCUUGUUCACAGGAUAUAUAUUUUCGGGCAAAAAUAUUUGAACAAUUAUAGUAAUGACGACUGAUUAUUUACAAAUUCUUUUGUAGGAAAGGGUAUUUUAUCAUCAGACCAUGACUCCAUCCUGGCUGGAAAUGUACGCAUCAUACAUUGACAGCUCACGUGUACUGACGGCUUCACAGCUUACAUUCAACGCUGGAAACGUAAAAAAUGCUGCUCUUUUAAAGAUUCCCAUGAUUCCUGCAGGUACACUCAGAGAUUCAAUGCCGCUGACAGUUGAGAUCACGGUCGCACAUGACGUGAGCAUCGGACAAGGAACUGACAGCGAUAUCACAUAUGGUGUGUCAGAUGGUACCAGAAUUAUUGGUUUUAUCACGUGGGACAAAUUGAACUUUAAUGACCGCUCUCCUUGCGUCGGGGUGGAAGGUGACUCCGGAUCUACCUUUAAGGGUAUUCGCUUCGAAUCACUUACGCCGAAAGCAAGCGACUCUUUCUACCCUGGUCAGUAUGACAUCACUCUCAAGCUGGAUCAACGCUGGGGAUCGUGCUACACAGCGCAUGAUGGAGGCUUCGUGAGGACCGCUGGCUUCAACAAUCGACUGAUGUUCAGUAAGGGACUUACAUUGGAGGUGUACAAAGGCGACAAAGACGAGAAAGUUGGCAUACGAUUCAUCAAGGUCACCAUCAUAGAGGAUGAGGCUUAG